UCUACUUCUAUUUUAAUAAGAGUUAAAAAAAAUCAGGAAUGGAUGUUGAAUUUCAUCAAAUGCCUUUUGGUAUCUAUUUGAAGAUACCACUUACUUAAGAAUCUGGCCCUGGUUUCUGUACCUAGUACGUAUAACACAGCCAAUAAAUGUUCACUGAAUGAAAAAAAAAAACCCACAAUUACCUACUACUUUACACCCUCUAGGAUGGAUAUAAUUUGAAAAAAAAAAAAAAAGGAAAACCAGUUUGGCCAUGAUGUGGAGAUCACUUCUGUACAUUGCUUGUGGAAAAUAGCUUUUUGGUCUGUCAAAAAAUUAAACAUAGAAUUACCAUGUGACCCAGCAAUUCUACUCCUAGACAUAUACCCCAAAGAAUUGAAAACAAGUACUCAAAUACUUGUCCAAGAACAAUCGUAGUAGCACAAUUCAUAAUAUCCAAAAGGCAUAAACAACUCAAAUGUCAACAGGUGACUGGAUAACAAAUUGUGAUAUAUGCCUCUGAUGGAAUAUUAUUCAGCCAUAAAAAGGAAUGAUGUACCGAUACAUGCUACAAUUUGGAUUAACCUCAAAAAGAUUAAGUGAAGGAAAACAGAUACCAAAGGUCACAUUUUGUAUGAUUCCUUUUAUAUAAAAUAUCCAGAAUGGGCAAAUGCCUAGCGACAGAAAGCAUAUAAGUGUUUGCCAGGGGGUGAGAUGUGGGAUGUGGGAUGGGUAGCAAUUAUUUAACAUGGUUGUGGUGUUUUUCAGUGGGUGAUGAAGUCUUGAAACUAGAGAGAGAUUGUGGUUGCACAACAUAGUCAAUACACUAAAUGCCACUACAUUGUAUACUUUAAAAUGGUUAUUUUAAUGUUGUAUGGAUUUUACCUCAAUUUUAAAAAAAGAAUUUAUGAUAGCACCUGGUUUAGCUAUUGUGGACUUUUGUGGGGAGCUGUGGUCCAUCCUCUAAAGAACUGGCCCCAAGUUCCUAAGAAGGCAGAAGGGGACAUCUGUGGGUGAAGGGUACACAGGAUCUCUCCUUUCUAUUUUUGCAGCUUCCUCUGAGUCUAUAAUUAUUUCAAAAUAAAAGUUUAAAUGACAAAUAAGGACACGUGAUCAUGGCUGCCCCAUGCCUCCCACUCUCAGGGCUGGCACUCAGAGACUGAGAACCCUCUUUGAGUCCUGGCACUCAUCAGUGAGAGAUCCUGACAGGCCACCUAGAGCUGCCGACUGUCCUGACCAGGCAGCUGUGGGCAGAGGGGAAUCCCUGAUCCCUGAGGAGAUGGCGCAGGGGCACACAGGUGCUCUCAAAGAUGUUAGGCUCCACCCCAAGUCUGUAGUUUAAACCCUGGAUGUGGGACAACAUAAUCCAUAAGCUCUCACAGCCUCUGGGAUGGGACUGGCUCUGCCCUCUAGGGUCUCUAAGUCUCUGUGUGUGGUUAGGAGACCAGGUGAGUGCUCAGGACAAGGGAGUUCCCACCGGUACUCUGUGGGCAGGAAGCCCAUCCAGGCAGGGGCCCCUGAGGGGGAUAGGGGCCUGAGGUUCAGGACAUCUAGGGAGCUACAGGAGACCGCAUGGAUCCCUCCUAUGGCCCUGCCCCCUCCCUCAAGAGAAAUACCUGCUCUCCCAGAGGGGGAACAGAUCCAGGAAUUCUGUCUUACCUUACCAGUGCCCUAGAGCUGCCAGAACUCUUCCUUGCCUGGCUAGGCUGUGCUGGACAGGCUGGAGGCAGGACCAGGAGCCUGCUCAGUCUAGUUUCACUUUCACUUUUGCUUUCCCCCAGAAAUGACAGAGGAACCAGGAAGAAAGCUGUGACUAGCAGUGUCCUUCACUCCUUAGCCUUAGUGCCUGUUUGCACUGGCUCCUGCUGGCACUACCUGCCACGCAGAGACCCUAUCUGUAAGCGCUGCAGCCUGUUUUCCGGCCCCAGGCCUCAGGAUGGAUGUCUUGGAGACCUCCAAGUUGCUGGAUGAAGAGCUAUACUCGCGGCAGCUGUAUGUGCUGGGCUUGCCAGCCAUGCAGAGGAUUCAGAGAGCCAAGGUGCUACUGUCAGGCCUGCAGGGCGUGGGGGCUGAGGUGGCCAAAAACCUGGUCCUGAUGGGCGUGGGCAGCCUCACUCUUCAUGAUCCCCACCCUACCUGUUGGUCUGACCUGUCUGCCCAGUUCUUCCUCUCAGAGCAGGACUUGGGAAGGAGCAGGGCUGAGGCAUCUCAAGAACUUCUGGCUAAGCUCAAUGGAGCUGUUCAGGUGUGCAUCCACACAGGUGACAUCACCGAGGACCUGCUGCUGGACUUCCAGGUGGUGGUGCUGACUGCCUCGGAGCUACAGGAGCAGCUGAAGGUGGGCACCAUCUGCCAUAAACACGGAGUCUGCUUUUUGGUGGCUGACACCCGAGGCCUCGUGGGGCAGUUGUUCUGUGACUUUGGUGAGGACUUCACUGUGCAGGACCCUACAGAGGCAGAACCCUUGGUGGCUGCCAUCCAGCACAUCUCCCAGGGCUCCCCUGGCAUUCUCACUCUGAGAGAAGAGGCUGAUGCCCACCGCUUCAACAAUGGGGAUUUGGUGACUUUCUCAGGCAUUGAGGGCAUGGUGGAGCUCAACGGCUGUGCUCCUCGGCCUCUCCACGUGCAGAGAGAUGGGACCUUGGAGAUUGGGGACACAACAACUUUCUCUCAUUACUUGCGUGGUGGGGCUGUCACUGAGGUCAAGAGACCCAAGACUGUGAGCCACGAGCCCCUGGACACAGCCCUGUUUCAGCCCCGUGUUGUGGCCCAGAGUCCCCAGGAAGUUCACCGUGCCCACUGCCUGCAUCAGGCCUUCCAUGCACUGCACAAGUUUCAGCAGCUCCAUGGCCGCCCUCCUAAGCCCUGGGAUCCUGUUGAUGCAGAGAUGGUGGUGGACCUAGCCCAGGCCCUGGAAUCACUGAAGGGGACAGAAGGAGAGCCUUUGGAAGAGCAGCUGGAUAAGGCUCUGGUGCGGAGAGUUGCCCUGAGCAGUGCUGGUGGCUUGAGCCCCAUGGCAGCUGUGCUGGGUGCAGUGGCUGCUCAGGAAGUGCUGAAGGCAGUCUCCAAGAAGUUUAUGCCCCUGGACCAGUGGCUGUACUUUGAUGCCCUUGAUUGCCUUCCAGAAGAUGAGGAGCCCUUUCCCAAUCCUGAGGACUAUGCACCGAGAGACUGCCGCUAUGACGGGCAAAUUGCAGUGUUUGGGGCUGGUUUUCAGGAGAAGCUGAGCCACCAGCGCUACCUCCUGGUGGGUGCUGGCGCUAUCGGCUGUGAGCUGCUCAAAGGCUUUGCCCUAGUGGGCCUGGGUGCUGGCGGCAGUGGGGGCGUGACUGUUGCUGACAUGGACCAUGUGGAGCGCUCCAACCUCAGCCGGCAGUUUCUCUUCAGGCCUCAGGACUUUGGUAGGCCAAAGGCGGAGGUGGCUGCAGAGGCCGCUCGCCGCCUGAACUCAGACUUGCAGGUGACCCCGCUCACCUACCAGCUGGAUCUUACUACAGAGCACAUCUAUGGGGACAACUUCUUCUCCAGUGUGGAUGGCGUGGCUGCUGCCCUGGACAGUUUCCAGGCCCGGCGCUAUGUGGCUGCUCGCUGCACCCACUAUCUGAAGCCACUACUGGAGGCGGGCACAAAGGGCACCUUGGGCAGUGCUUGUGUGUUCAUACCACACGUGACUGAGGACUACAGAGCCCCCGCCUCCGCUGCAGCUUCUGAGGAUGCCUCCUACCCUGUCUGCACCGUGCGGCACUUCCCCAGCACAACCGAGCACACCUUGCAGUGGGCCCGGGAUGAGUUUGAAGGACUUUUCCAUCUGUCUGCCGAGACCGUCAACUGCCACCAACAGGCACUCACGUCUCUGGCACACUUGGAUGAGUCACAGGUGCUGACCGUGCAGCAGGUGGUGCUGGGUGUCCUGAGACAGCGUCCACAGACCUGGCGAGACUGCGUGCUUUGGGCCCUUGGCCAGUGGCAACUCUGCUUCCAUUAUGGCAUCACACAGCUGCUGAGCCGCUUCCCACCCGACAAAGUGCUAGAGAAUGGAACUCGUUUCUGGUCGGGUCCCAAACAGUGUCCCCGGCCCUUGGAGUUUGACGCCAGCCAAGACACGCAUCUCCUCUACGUGCUGGCGGCUGCCAACCUGUAUGCCCAGAUGCAUGGGCUGCCUGGCUCACGGGACCAGACUGUGCUCAGGCGACUGCUGAAGUUGCUGCCAUUGCCUGACCCCCAGGACUUAGCCCCCAUUUUUUCUAGUGACCUGAAGCUGGCUUCGGCUUAUGCUGAGUUUGGCCCUGAGCAGUCGAAGCAACUGCAUGAAGCCCUGGAAAUCUGGACUGUGGGCCCUCCCCUGGAACCCUUGACAUUUGAGAAGGACAAUGAUUUCCAUGUGGAUUUUGUGGCGGCAGCGGCGAGCCUGCGAGCUCAGAAUUAUGGGAUCCCACCAGCCGACCGCACCAAGACCAAGCGAAUUGUGGGCCAGAUUACCCCAGCCAUUGCCACUACUACGGCAGCUGUGGCUGGCCUGGUGGGCCUGGAGCUGUAUAAGGUGGUGGGCAGCCCACGGCCCCGCAGUGCCUUUCGCCACAGCUACCUGAACCUGGCUGAAAACUACUUUAGCCGCUGGGUACCUCACGCCCCAGCCAUCCAGAAGUUCCAUCACUGGAAGUGGACCUGUUGGGACCGCCUGGAAGUGCCUGCUGGGCAGCCCGAGAGGACCCUGGAGUCACUGCUGGCCCAUGUCCAGAAACUAAAUGGGCUGAGGGUGAGGAUGCUGCUGCACGGGAAGGCCCUACUCUACUCGGCAGGAUGGUCUCCUGAAAAGCAGGACCAGCACCUGUCCCGCAGGGUGACGGAUCUGGUGCUGGAGGUGACACGCCAGGUGCCUAAGCCUGGGCAGCGGGUGCUGGUAUUGGAGCUCAGCUAUGAGGGUGAGAAGGAGGACGUUACCUUCCCACCCUUGCACUACAAGCUGUGACAAGGCAGCAGCCCCACCACCCAGUUCUGUUGAGCCAUGCAUCCCAAGCCUACAGUAGGCGCUUAAUAAAUGCUUGUUGAAGGAA